AUGGCGGCAGUUCUGGAUGCGGAAUCCUUCGGGGGCGAGGAAUGUCUGGAAGAGGACGAGGAGGAGCUGGAGGCUGGCCUGGAAGACCCUGAGAGCGAGCCGGCGGGGAAGUUCAUUCCGGGCGGACGUGGCUGCUGCAUCCUGACCCGCCGUGGGAUCACCUUGCGGGUGCUGCUGAAAGAUGGCCUGAUCGAGCCGGGAGCAGGGGUGCUCUCGAUUUACUACCUGGGGAAGAAAUUCUUGGGUGACCUGCUGACGGACGGGAAGAUCGUCUGGCAGGAGACGGGCCAGGUGUUCAAUUCACCGAGUGCCUGGGCGACGUACUGCAAGAAGCUGGUCAACCCGGCCAAGAAAUCUGGGUGCGGCUGGGCAUCUGUCAAGUACAAGGGGCAGAAGUUGGACCAGUACAAAGCCGUCUGGUUGAAGAAGUACCAGCCCAACGCCCCCCCUGCAGAGGAGGGCUUGGUGAGUGAAGGAGAGGAGGAGGAACUUGCUGACGAUGAAGAAGAAGAAACCAAAGGGGUUAAAUCCUCCGUCUCGGAGUCCAUGCUGGCCAGGAAGCUGGAGGAGAAAAACCGGAAGCAUCCCAGCAAAAGUCCGGCAGAAUCGGUUGGAACAGAUAACGGAAAGAGGCUGGAGAGCAAGAAUUGUGUCCCUGUACGCUACUGCAGUCUGGGGAGUCGGGAUUCGGCCAGGAAUCCCCACACCCUGGUAGAAGUGACGUCCUUCGCGGCCCUGAACAAAUUCCAGCCGUUCAACGUCGCCAUUUCCAGCAACGUCCUCCUACUCGUGGAUUUCCAUAGCCACUUAACCAAGAGUGAGGUGGUUGGCUACCUGGGCGGCCGAUGGGAUAUCAACAGCCAGUUACUGACGGUGCUGAGGGCCUUCCCUUGCCGGUCGCGCCUCGGAGACGCGGAGACGGCGGCUGCCGUGGAGGAGGAGAUCUGCCAAAACCUCUUUAUGCGCGGGCUCUCCCUGGUAGGGUGGUUCCACAGUCACCCCUUCAGCCACGCUCUGCCGUCUCUCCAGGACAUAGACACUCAAAUGGAUUAUCAGCUCAGGUUGCAAGGAACCAACAACAGUUUCCAACCCUGCCUGGCUCUCAUUUGUGGUCCUUACUACCCUGGCAACCAAGGCAUGGAGUCAAAGAUCUCGCCCUUCUGGGUCAUGCCCCCUCCAGAGCAAAGACCUUAUGAUUAUGGGAUCCCCAUGGAAGUGGAAGUCACUUACAUCCAGGAUGGCUUUCUGACCAACGACGUUCUUCAUGAGAUGAUGCUGCUGGUGGAAUUUUACAAAGGAGCCCCUGAUCUGGUGAAGUUUCAAGAGACGUGGGGCCCGGAACAGACAUAUCUGGAUAAGCUAAAGGCCUCCUUAGCUGCCCGCAUGCCCAAGGAUCAAGGAUUUGGACACGUCCUGGACCAGGUCUACAGCCUCCUCAAGAACAGCAGCUGA